UGGUAUACAGGGAGGAGUGGCAGGGGGGCUCUCGGGAAAAGAUGAGAGAAAGCUGCACAUGGAUGAGAUCCAGUAACGCUGUAGUCCACUCCACUGGGAUUCUCGCCGCCGCCGCUGCCGUCCAGCUUGCAUUCUUCCGUUCCGUUCGCUCAACGGCCGGCUCCCAGCUCCGGCCACGUGUCGCGAACGGGCCGGGCCCGCCCACCAACCGACCAACCAGCUCUCUCGAAUCACUUGACGAGGCAACGGCAGUGCGAGUCCGGGCCCGCCCGUCGGCGACGCAGAGGGCUUCGCGGGCCCACGCCUUGCGUGCCAGGCGCAGCUCGCAGCGGCAACAGCCCGCGUCUCCCGCUCCUUUUAUCCCCGGCCAUCCCGCACACGGCACCCGGGGAGCGCACCCAUGGCGGAUCACGGCGACGGCGUGGCUGUUGAGAACCUUCUAGAAGAUCCCUCUGCGACCACCGCUUCAGAUGACGACGAGGAGGAGGAGGGGGAGGGGUUCACCUUCGCUGCGGCCACGCGACUGGCCGGCGGCGGUGUGAUCGGGCCCGUGUACCCGGUCUUCGGCCGCCCGCGUUCGCCGGAGGAGCGGGAGGUGGAGGAGGACGCGGGCACGGCGACCGUGCGGGUGCCGCUGAGGCAGCUCCUCCUGGAGGAGCGGGGGUCCUCCUCCUCCUCCUCGUCGGGGAAACGGCCGGACGACGGAGGAGAAGACGACGAGCUGGACGGGGUGCCGGCGGAGACGUACUGCCUGUGGUCGCCCGGGACCUCGCCGUCCCCGUCCCCGUCGCCGUCCCGGUGCCAGAAGAGCGGGUCGACCGGGUCGGUGCUGCGGUGGCGGCAGCGGCUGCAGGUGGGGCGGAGCCACAGCGACGGCAAGGAGAAGUUCGUGUUCCUGCAGGCACAACAGGACGCCGCCGGCUCCCCCGGCAGCAGGGGAAGGACGGGGGCCGGCGAGCCGCGCGGGCGCGGAGGAGUCCACGGCUGGAGCCACCGCGGCGGGAGAGGCGGGAGCGGCAGGGGGAGCCCCGGGCGCAGGGCGUCGACGUUCCUCCCGUACAAGCAGGACCUCCUCGGGCUCUUCGCCAACGCCGGCGCCUUCCGCCGGAGCUACCACCCCUUCUGACCGAACUAACGUCAACCGUCAGCGUCGACCGAUCGAUCGAUCCUCUCGCGGCCGCAGAUCGGGUGGUGGUUGCCCUGCAUUUCUUUCUUUCUUUCUUUCUUUUUGUCGAUUUGUGAUGAUCAGUACACGGCGUACGCCUAGAAUUUCUUGGUUCUUUUCGUGGCACAUACAGUGACAAUAGCUGAUACGUAGAUCAGAUCAAAUCCAAAAUUGUACGUAGUUUUGUUCAGCAAUUUCUUCAGUUGCGAAUUUGGUUCCGGUGA